CCUCCCUCGCCCCACCAUUUCCCCCCCAAAUCAGGUACAGAGAAAACCCUCUCCCUCGGCCACUUCGUCUUCUCCACUCCGUCUCCAGUGCCAGUUCUCUUCUCCAAUCCCUUCUUCUCCGCGCAUUUCCGUCGAAUCGGAGGCCGAUGGAGGGUAGCAGCUCCACUGCGCGGGCGUCCGCCGCUACCUUGGUCAAGAACACCGGCGUGGCGGAGGCAGAUGUGGUGCCGGGUGGAUGGAGCCGUCGUGGUGCGGCCGCGUCGGGCGGAGGCUUGGUGCUGACGGUGGCGGAUGAGCAGGAGCACGGACUCGGCGGCGAGAUCGUGCCGGAUCUGAAUGUGCAGCCAAUGGCGGAAGACCCUCUGCUUGGUGAGACCUCCUCUGUCCGCAAGAGGAAGUUUGAGGAGUUUGAUGACUCGGAGGACUCUGGCCACUCCUACAUUUCCAGCGAGGUCGAGUCCGGGGACGCCGUGUCGUACAACUCAGAUGCUUCAUCUGAUAAUGAAGUCAGCAAGUACAAUGUGCUGUCAUAUGAGAAGAAGGUGGAGGAGAAGAUCUGGGCUGAGGGAAUCAGUGCUUACAUGAAACCUGAUGGGAGGUACUAUCGCAAGUUCCAUCCCUCCAAGCAGGUUCCUAGGGAUGGUAUGCGUGAAGGACUUGUUAGCCAUGUGAAGGAGGUGCACCCGAAGGAUCUCCGCGACAAGGCGAACCAUGCUGCCCCGAGGAAAGUACUGGAGUACUAUGGUCAGGAUUGA